AUUUCCCGCCACAUUACAGCCCUCUUAUUUCUCCCACCCUUUCUCGUCCUCCGCCGCUAACUCCCGCCUCUCUUCGUUAUCUUUUGUAAUUUUUCCAGAGAUGAACUCGUCAGAUUCUCUUCAAUCCACCCCUCUGAAAUCCAAAAAGUCUCUCAAUCUAACCUCCAACUCACCCGUUUCUAAAACCCCAGCCAAGCGCGCCUCUCAGCUUCCCAGUCGCGCUCGCAACCGUAGCUCUGCUCUCUCCAUCAAGGAGGUCCGGCAAGCGGCCCAGAUCCAGCCCCAAACUCAGACCAACCAGAUCAAAUCGGCUCGAAAACAGAUCUUAUCAUGGACAGCCGAAUCUCCCCCUCCCAAAACCUCCAGGGACAGUUCCGAUAAGCUCCCUGAAAAGUACGAGAUUUUGUGCGGGUUUUUCGAUAGCUUGGAUUCUGCAAUCCGGCUGCUAAAACUUAAGGGUUCGAUGCCUACUUUUACUAAUAUUUGCCCCAAAGUAGAGUGCUUAACCGACAGGAGGUUUUCAUAUGGUCACUUGGCUCAAUUGAAGCAUAUUCUACCAGAGGCGAUUGAGAUAAAGAGAUUGCUGAUAUUUGAUGAGAGAACUACUUGUAUGAAACCAGAUCUCCACGUUUGUAUCAUUGCCAAUGCGAUUGACUGUGGGGAUAACUCUAAAUCUGAGACUAAGAAUCCGAACAUGAGGAGGGUUUUUCGAGCUCGGCUCGUGGACUAUCUCGAGGCUCAUCCUGAGGUUGAUGAAAUUCCUGAAGAUGAUCUCCCAGAGCCAUUCAAUCGUUCAAAGCAAAAUUCGCAGUGGAGUUCAUCAACUGAGAUAGUCACAGAACAGCAAUCCUUGACAUCGCAAGGUGAAGUUCUUAAAGAGGAAGCUCAGCCACAACCAUCUAAACACACAAAUUCCAACUCAAAACUGGAUGUGGAGACAUUACCUGAUGCAGUUAAUGACCAGCUACCUGUGGUAGCAUCUCAUGUAUCGAGAUCAUUUCGAAAGCGCUUUUCCAGGAAAGCCACAAGCAAAGCUCAAGAGGUUGUCGAAAAAUGUUCAAAGGUUUCUAUUCAGUCUUCACAAGUUGCAGAAAAAUUUGCUUGCAAAUCUGUCAAAGGCAUUGAAACUAACUCUGCUCCAAUUCAGUCCCCAACUAAAUUUUUAUCUAAACCAACUAUAUGUGAGCCAAGUUCCAAACUUUGCCUCCCUGCAACUCCAGUCAAAGAGAUAAAUUCAUUGGAAACUGAAGAUAAGUCCCCUACAAAAUCUGGCUGUCUUCAGUCCACACCUGCAAAACUAGUUUCAACUCCUGCCAGGCUGAUGACUGCCACACCUACUCUGCAGCCGCAAAAGAGAUGUUACAUGAGCCCAGAUGAGGUUUCUUCCAAUCUAUCAAGCAAGUUAGUCAGGCGGCCACCGCGCACCAGGUCCUUGAAAUUUGACACUCCUGUUAAGGAAGAGAAAGUUGUUGAUGAAGUGUGUAAGAUGGAAAGCAAUCCUGUUGAUAAUGAUGAUGACGUUCUGUCUAUCCUACCUGAGAGCCUUCUGCAUUCAAUAAGGGAGACAGAGAGGAAAGCAAUGGAGGACCUAGAUCCAGCAAUCUCACAAGCAAAAAGACGACAACAGAUGAUUGCCUGCCUACCUAAGCUCUUCAGCAUGAUUCACUAUCUAUUCCAGUCCUUAAAUCGCUCUGUUAUUACCAAAGAAGAGCUAACACACAAAAUAAUUGCUGGUCAUUGUGAUAUUGCUGAUAGAGGAGAAGUUGAAGAGCAGCUAAACCUGUUGCUAGAACUAGUUCCUGAAUGGAUAUCUGAAAAGACUGCCUCUGCUGGGGAUUUACUUGUUUGCAUCAAUAAACUGUCGAGCCCUGAGUCAAUACGAAUGCGACUCCAAGAAGCGAAAUGAGCUGGGAAAUCAGUGCCCAGGUUCAUUAAAUUAUAUAAGAAAUCAUAUUGUCAGCUGGAGUUCAUGCAUCAUUCAGCUUUUGUAAAGUUUUUGUACGAAGUUUGAUGUAUGUAGGACCUUAUUUAGGUAGAAGAUUUAUGAAUGGUAAGAUGAACCCUAGUAUUGAGUUUAAUCAAUCUUGUCAAAGCAAGUGCUUGCUUGACUAAUAUGUGACUUCAUAAUCUGCAAAUUAUUCUGAGAUGAUUUAAUAAUACUGAAUGCAGUAUUUCUGAUUAACAA